AUGGAAACCUUGGAAUACCAUGAACUUGUUCAGAGAUACUAUGGCUCUCGCCUGGAGAUACAUGGUAAUCUAAAGACCAGUGCAUCAUGCAUGUCACCAUCCACCCCAAUACCCCAGAGCACUUUUGAUGCACUUCGACUAGUCCACCCCUCGGUCUGCAAAAAAUACUCUGGUUGUGGGCUGGUUGUUCCUGAGAAGCUACAGGGCUGUAAGGUGCUGGAUCUGGGCAGUGGCUCUGGCAGAGACUGCUUCAUUCUCAGUAAACUAGUGGGCCAGAGCGGUCAUGUCAUCGGCAUUGACAUGACAGCAGAACUGAUCCUGGCAUCACGCAAAUAUGUCCAGUACCACCAGCAGAAGUAUGGCUACGAGAAGCCCAACACCAUAUUUGUGCAGGGUUACAUAGAGAAACUGAAUGAGACGGGAAUACAGAGUGGUUCGCUGGAUGUUCUGGUGUCAAACUGUGCCAUGUGUCUGUGUCCUGACAAGAAGCCGGUUCUCAGGGAGGCUUUCAGAGUGCUCAAGGAGGGUGGGGAACUUUACUUUUGUGACAUAUAUUCCAGCAAGGCUGUUCCGGAACAUUUGAAACAAGACCCAGUUCUGUGGGGUGAAGGCUUGAGUGGUGCCCUCUACUGGCGAGACCUGAUCUCUCUAGUGCACGAGGUGGGCUUUAGUACUCCAUACCUUCUCACUGCAAGCCACAUCAUGGUCCACAAUAGUGAGCUACAGAAGAAAGCAAGUGGCAUCACACACACCUCUGCAACUUACCGCCUCUUCAAGUUGCCCAAAAAUAGAAAGCAGAGUGACGCAGUUGUGGCUUACAAAGGAACGGUCCCUGACCAUCCCGACCUACUCAAGUUUGACAUGUAUCAUUGUUUUGAGACAGACAUAGAGGUAACCGUGGAUGCAGAAAUGGCAGCCGUGCUUCAGCAUUCCCGAUUCUCCUCUGACUUCUCCAUCCAAAGCUCAGACAAACCUGCACCAAGCCCUAAAUGUUCCCCUCAGAGCUGCCACCUUAAUAACCCAUUCCUACUUGCUGAUAACCUCAAACUUCAUUCAAAGCCCUCCACCAAGAUUGGGAACACUGAAGAACCAGUGGAAAAGUAUGACACUACCAACUGAAGGGAGAUACUAUUUUCUUCAUGAAAAUGAAUAUAAUAAACAUGUUACAUGAUUUUGUUAAUUACAUUUUUGUGUGAUUUGCAAAUAUAUUUAAU